GCGAGUUGAGGUCCGUAUAUUUUAAGGUUUCUAUUUCCAUUUUCCAAUACGGUAACCAACCCCAAAGCCAAAGGUGGUCUUGUUUUUGUUUCUUAGGGAGUGAUGGGGAAAUCUACUUCCUGCUUCAAACUAAUCACCUGCGGUGGUGAUGCCGCCGAGAACGAUGAUUACCACCAAGUCUCCGAGAUCAAGGAAUCUAAUGAUAAACGUGGUUGGAGUUUCCGCAAAAAAUCUGCAAGGCAUCGUGUGCUUAGCAAUACUGUGAUAGCAGAGGCCCCAUCUUCUGCAAAUAAGGAAAGUUCAGAAUGUGCUAAUUUUAAUUUUCAACCACUUCCUGAACCUAAUGUUGUUGACAAGAUUUACACAACAAACUGCUCUGGUGAGAAGCCCCAGUUAUCCUCAUUUGAAAGCUCACAAGUAGCAGCAACAAAUGUCAUUGAAACUGAGAAGGUGAAUGUGAAUCCACCAGAGUCUGAUGUCAUCAUCAUCCAGGCUGCUAUUAGAGGGUUAUUGGCUCAGAGAGAACUACUGCAGCUGAAGAAAGUAGUGAAGUUGCAAGCUGCUGUUCGUGGGCACCUGGUUCGGAGGCAUGCUGUAGGAACCCUGCGUUGUGUUCAAGCCAUUAUAAAAAUGCAGGUCCUUGUGCGAGCUCGUCAUGCUCGACAGUCACGUCUAGAAAACCAUUUAAAUCACAAGGAUGGUGAAAGGGACUCCUCAAAAGCUUUGGGAAAUGAAAAUCACGUGACCAAAUCAAAUGUGAAUUACACUUCCAUUGAGAAGCUGCUUAGCAAUAAGUUUGCUUGUCAGCUGUUGGAAUCAACACCAAAGAGCAAAGCGAUCCAUGUCAAGUGUGAUCCUUCUAAAGCCGAUUCUGCUUGGAAAUGGUUGGAAAGAUGGAUGUCAGUAUCAUCAAAAGAUAUUGCAGAGUGCAAAGAAACUAGUUCUUUGACAGAGCAAUCAAGUGAAAGCAAAGAUACUGCAUCUGUGUUUCAAUUUGAAACAGGUAUUCCAUCUGAACCUUUUCUCCAAUCAGCUGACUCAAAACCCACUGAUGGAGAUUCACUUCUGCCAUCUGAUGAUGAAGAAAAGGUGAUUACUUAUGAUGCUAAUAACUUUGAGUUUCAAGCGAGCUGCUUCUCGUCAUCUAUUGUAAAAGAUGACUUGGAACAGAUUCCUCCUGAAGAUAAAAUUGCAUAUGAAGUUAAAGCUGAAGAAAAAAUUGCAUGUGAAGCUAAAGUUGCCCCGACUGAUGCUGAUUCCUUCCAGAAUGAAAAAUUAACAUCAGAUGCAAGUGCCUCACCAGAGCUUAAUUCUUUUCAUCACAAAGGGCCUGAAAUUGCCCCACCAUCAGAGCAUAAUUCUCUUCCCGUGGAGCCUGAAAUUUCCCCACCAGUAGAGCAUAGUUCUCUUCACGAGGGACCUGAAAUUGCUCCAUUAUCAGAGCAUAAUUCUCUUCACAAGGGGCCUGAAAUUGCCCCACCACCAGAGCUUAAUUCUUUUCAUCAGAAGCCUGAAAUUGAUAAUAGUGAGCAGCAGCAGAGCAAACGAUCCAUGAAACGAUUUGCCUCAGACCCACUAGAGGCUGAAGGAAAGAAAGCUGUAAAUGGAUCAAGAAAGGUCAGUAAUCCUGCAUUUAUUGCUGCACAGUCAAAAUUUGAAGAGCUCAGUUCAAUAGCAAAUUCAGGUAGGACAAACAGUUUGUCCUACCAAGAUUCAGCGGUUGAAUCACAAGGAGACACCGCUUCUGUUGGCACCGAUACUGCCUAUAGAUCAAAAGAGUUUGCAUUUGAAAAUCCUGCUUCUUAUCUUUCUAGGUUUGCUGGUUCUGAAUGUGGCACUGAACUCUCUAUUUCUUCCACUCUUGAUUCACCUGACAUAUCAGAGCCGGGUGCUAUGGAAAAUGAGCGAGAUGCCAAAGAUUUAGUGGAAGGGAUUGGUAAUCUUGAGAACACUAUAAACCGUGAUGAUGAAGCCAAUGUUUCAAGUGCUAUCCCAGCUUCUAACCUAUCUACUUCUGUUUUGGAUCAGUCGGAGAUUGUUAAUGACAUUAAUGGCAAUUUGGGUCAAUCGGUGGUAGCUGUGGACUCUGAAGAGCCUGCUAUUAAGACAGAGAAAAAUGCAUCUGACCUGCAAAGAGAGCAGGCAAAGGCUGUUCUGCAAGAUUUAAGAUCAUCUCCAGAAGCUUCACCUAGAAGCCAUUUAACUGUCCCUGAAUCACAAGGAACACCUUCUAGUCAAGUGUCUGUGAAACCUAAAGAGAGCAAAACCAACAAGACCAGAUCUGGCAAUAAACGUCGGAGCCUAUCAUUGAGUAACAAAUCACCUACAACACCAAAUCACGAUUCAGGUUCAAGGGGCAGUAGAGAGCAACUGCCUAAAGAUCAGCAGAAUGGAAAGAGGCGCAAUUCCUUUGGCUCAGUAAAGCCUGAUAACAUUGAUCAAGAGCCUAGAGAUAAUAGUACUGGCAAUAAUUCAAUUCCCCAUUUCAUGCAAGCCACAGAAUCUGCUAGGGCCAAGAUUAAUGCAAAUAACUCUCCAAGAUCAAGUCCAGAUGUGCAUGAACGAGACAUUGAAGUUAAGAAGAGACAUUCCUUACCUGGUGCCACCGGUAGGCAAGGUUCUCCACGCAUCCAACGAUCAACAUCCAAGGCACAGCAGAGUGCAAAAGGAAAUAAUGUACAUCCUCCUCAAGAGAGAAAAUGGCUGAGGUGAAUUGACGUGGGAAGUGUGCUGACAAGCUUCUACAAUGAUUUCAUUUGUUAAUUCUCUUUGAAGCAUAGCUGCUCCGUUUUAUAUGCUUUUAUUUUUAUAUUUGUUGACCCUUUCUUUGUAUUCUUUGCCUCCCUUUUCUGGUUGUGACUGCUAGGAACAUACAUAUGUAAAAGUGAGUGAGGCUUCUAUUCUAUUUCUAUAUGUACAUUGUUUGUUGCUCUCCUCAUGCUUAUUAUUUGUGUCAAGCGCACGCGAUUUGUAUGUUUCAGAGUUCAGACUAUGACUGCCUGUGAGAUAUUUUAAUAUCUGUUAAAUAUAUUUUGUUUCAUUUUGAUAA